AAAUCCCAAUUUUCCAAUACUAACGCCCGUGAUGACCAAUUCCCUAUGUGGUGUCCACCGACGCCUCCGCAAGAUGAUAACGAUCUGUAUGUGGACUAUUCGCUUUCGUUCCUGUACGAUACGACUAACCUUAUACCGGAAACCGAGCUUCCGACGAUUUACGUGAAGAAGGCGGAUAAGCGUAGCCGUUCGGAGGCCGGUUUCUACCCGGAUGGGCGUCGCCCGGCAAAGGUUCGUCGUGAGGACACUUACUACGCGCCCCGCUCCCUCUUCGACCGCCCCACGGCACAGAUUGCGAAGAUCCGCAAGGAGUACAAGCUGCAGCGCUACAAAGGCAUCAUCAACCCGUUCCCACCGAUGCCGGCGCAAAAACCGACCACGGUUCCGAUGAAAACCAAAACCGAAUCGGAGGGUGUCCCGGAAUGGAUGGUGUACGAGGAUAUGGCGAUACUGAACGUGGUGCAGAACUUGCAAGGAUUGCCGCUGAAUUUGAUGCUUAUCUCUCCGGGCCAUACGGCAAACUGGGAUUUGGUUUCGGACAUUGUGAACCAAACGUCGCGAACGUACCGCCUGCCGAAGCAAUGCCGGAAUCGCUACGAGAAUAUCAUUCUGCCGCGGGAAGAGGGCAAACUGAUCGAGAGCCCUAAAAAGCCCAAGAAGAACAAAAACCCGCUCAAGCAACCGUCGUCGGGGUCGUCGCCGCCACACUCAUCGUCCCCGCCGAAGCAGAUCCGUUCGAUGCGCACGGCCCUGCUCUAUACGAGCGAUGCCAACACCUCCUUCAUCAAGUUGAUGCGCCAGAAGUUCGAUAACAUUCGGGCGGCGUACGGGAAACGGACACUGCAGGUGAAGCAUCCGCUCUCGAGCGGCAUGCCCACGUCGUCGAUGAAGAACCUCAAACACGCUCAAGUGCUGGCGAAGCACGGCGUGUCUGACUACGAUACGCCUCUGACGCCGGGAGAGAUUGCAAAGAAUCGCGCGGAACGUUUUUCGAAGGAGAAACUAAAGCAAACUGCCGCUCAGGAGCAAGGCGCCCAGCAGCAGCAACAGGCACAACCGCAACCGGCGACAGUGCAAGGUACGACACAAAAGAUUCAUAUUGUGGCGGUUGCGUCGCAGACGCCAACAACGGCAUCGGUUGUCACUACCAGCAACCAACAACAGCCACAAUUGACCACGGCUGCGGGCGUGCAAACACUGGCGGUGGCUCAGCAACAACAGCAGGCGCCGCAGCAGCAGCAGCUCCAGUUACAGCAAGGACCAAAUGGUCAACAAAUUGUCCAGCUAUACACACCGAACUCAGGGCAGUCCUUGGCGGCGACCCUCGUCAAUGCAGCCAUGGUAUCGUCGCAGGUGUCGCAGCCGUCGGUGAUGUCCCCUCUGCAACCACAGCACCUUUUGCAGCAACAGCUGCAACUGCAGGCGCACCCGAUUGCCCAGCAACAGCAGCAGCAGCAGGCUACUAUUGUCGUCUGUGGAGUACCUACGAAUGCAACGUCAACGGUUGCUACGAUUGUGCAGGCUUCUCCGCUGCAGGCGGCCCGUGUUACUAGCGCUACCGGUAACCAGCCGCAGGUUGUUAAUAUUUGCUCCAGCAACGGCCAGCAGCAGAUCGUGAAGGCGAUCGUGGCUAGUCCAGCCACACAGAAUCUUCUCUCUCAGCAGCUAGCGCAGGCUGCCCAGCAGCAGCAGCAGCAGCAAAGCAACAACAACGGUUCGCAGCAACAACAGACGCAACCCGCACAGCAACAGCACCAGGUAUCGGUUGUCCUGACAACACCCGUUUCAACGCUAUCCGCGACGAACUCGGUCCAGCUGCAGACUCAGCCUCAGAUUGUUUCGAUCCACCAGCCGGUGUCGGCUCAGCAGCAGCAGCAGCUCCUAUCGACUAGUUCCACGGUCACACAAGCCUCGUCCACCUCGCUAGUGCAAACGCUCUCCAGCCAAUCGAUUCCGCAGGUCGUUUCCGUUGCGCAGCUCGCCUCGGUUGGGUCAGCCAUGACGACGGGGAGCAGUGCGGCCACCAUUCAGCCGUCGCAGGUCACUACCCUGACGACGUCAGCGUUGCGCGCCCAGCGGAUCGUAGCACCACCGGGUACACUGCAGGAGGUGGUUCUCCAUCAGCGGACCGGCUCCCAGAGCCCAACCGUCGUCAGUGUGAGCAGUUUGGGCGGUGGCUUAACGCCGGCCCAGUUGCAGACUACUCAGCUGCGCCUUUCGAUGGCUGGUGCGCAGCAGAUGUCCGGUGUGGUCGGCAAGUCGAUUGUCGGAACGGUGACGAGUGCCGGGAAACCGGUGAACACGUCCCAGAUUCAGUUCUACCGACAGCAACCGGUCCGCCAGCAGCUGAAGGUGCUGCACCCGGGGACGGCGACGGCACCGGGCGGUGCGGGUACAACGACCACAGUUCUACAGUCUGCCGGCCAACCAACACUCGUCAGUCCGGCCAUCAUUCAGGGCAACAUUAUUCAAACAGGAACGGUCGGUGGCCAGACGGUCCAGGUGCAACAGGCAACGGUCGGCACGGGUGCAGUUACAACGGGCCAGAAAGUGGCCGUAACGGGUGGGGCCGCCGUAACGCAGGUGGUAUCCACGACCGGAGUUAGUGGCACCGUGACACAAUCUACCACCAACGUGGCCAACGUAUCGUCUGCCGCUGGCAACACCAUUGCUACGGUGCAGGUGCAGGGACAAUCGCGAAUGCAGUACAUUAAGCAAAUGGCCACCAAGCACAUGAUAACGCGCCCGGUGACGGAGAAUGAGAUGCAGCUGAUGGUGAAACGGCAGAUUAUUGGCCAGCAGCACAAACAGCAACUCAUCCCACAAACCCAAACGAUCUUUGCCCCGGCCAAUCUGCAGAUGCAGCAAGCCGGGACUUCCGGGCAACAGAUUGCGACGCUGGUGAAAACAUCCAGCGGAACGGUGGCAACCACCGGAAUGACACUGUCGCAGGUGAAAGCGGGACAACUGAAGACGAUCGGUAAUCAGAAUCAGGUACGUCAGUUGCACUUGCAGCAGCAAAUACUGGCGCAGCAGCGCAAGGCGGGCGGCAAACUCACGCAGAUCACACAGAUGGCGGGCAAGGCAGGCCAACCGACGCAGCUGUUCGUGCAGGGUCCCAAGAACCUUCCGGCGGGCACGGUGACCGUGCAGCAGAUACAGCAGGUCAUACGGCACGCACAGCCCGGGACCCUGGCCAGCGGUGGACAGAUUGUGCUAGGCAAGGCCGGUGUUAGCCGAAUGAUUCCGGUUUCGGUUUCGCAACAGGCCAACCAGCGGCAAACGAUUCAGGUUGUUACGGCGACUUCGGCAGCACAGGCGAUAGCAGCAGGAAACAUUCGAGCGCACGUCCCGGGUCAGAACAUUGGCACGAUAAAGGUGGCCACUGGCGGUGGGACAUCGGCCCAGCAGCAGCAGGUCAUACUGAACGCAAUACAAAGCCAACAGGCUCAGCGCUCGAACGCUAGCCCGGUGCGUCUGCAAACCACGUCCAGUGGCUCGUUGGUCGCCGUAACGGUGCAACAAGCAGGGCAACCGCAACAGCAGAUAAUCGGUGCCAGUUUACCCUCAUCCAGCAUACCCAACAGUAGUGCGACCGGCGCCACCAGCAACAGUGGCGGCGGCAACAAUGUGGCGGUGGGCACUGGGACGGCGGUAGAGAUUGUGUCUUCUCAGGGAGCUCAGUCCCAGGGUGGCGUUCUUGCAGGUGGGCAGGUUGUCUCUAGCGCACCGCAAGUCCUGGCACUACAGCAGCAGACGGCACAAAUCAUCACUACCACAUCCGCCAUGGUUCAGGCAGGAAGCGGAGGUCCCAGUGGAGCAUUGGCGACGACCGAUAGUAGUGGCAACAUGGUAGCCGGCAGUGGCACCGUCACUUCGACGGUGGUCAGCCAGGCAAGCCAGUCGACGGUGUCGGGAUCUGCCUCGGCAGCCGGUGCGGCGGUUACUGUUGCUGGCGGUGCUGGUGCGGCCUUGUCAACGAUGGCUUCACAGCAAUCCCAAGCGACGCAACCUCCGCCACAGCAGCAAUCGCAGGGGUUGAUCCUCAAAAUCGACACUAUUUCGGCCACUACCACUGGCGGAUUUCGCCGCGGUUGCGACACGGCCAUUCACACGCUCCAGAAGCCGCCGAAGCCAUCGCUGCACCAGUUCAUGGUGCUGUGCGGCGCGAGCUACAUCAUUCACAUUUCUUUCCGCGUCCCGAUCGGUGUCAGUACAGUCGAACAG